CCCCCGGCCCCUCCCGCGUCCGCCUUCUCCCCGAGGCGAGCGCCACCGCGCCGCCGACCCCCCGCAAGUGCGGGGCGAUGCGGGCGAGCGCACGGCGCCGCGCGGGGCGCUCUCUGCAAGGGGAAAGCUCGGGCGCCUCGGGCGCCGCGAAGCCGUGGCGAGGCGACGAAGCAACGCGAGGAGGAGUUGGAGGAGGAGGAGGAGAAAAAGAAGGAGGAGGAGGAGUUGGAUGGCGCCGGCCAAGAGAAGCGCGCUGGAGGGGCGAGGCUUAGAAAGGCAGCCGCCGUGCAGCCAAGGUGCGCGUCAACCAGGCUCCGCCGUGGGCGAGGACAC